AUGUCGGCUGCCACCAAGGAAGGCCCCGUCGUCGGCACGGCCCUCAUGGGCGACGGGCGCGGCGGCAAGCAGGGCGUCGCGGUGAUCGCCGUCGCCGUCGCCGUCGUCAUCGGCGGCGGCCUGGCGGGGCUGGCGGCCCUGCCCAAGAGCAGCGGCGGGCCCGGCUCGGGCAGCACCAGGGGCGAGGCCGCCAACGCCAUCAGGGAGGACGCCGCCUUUUACGGCCAGUCGCCGCCCGUGUACCCGUCCCCUGAGAUCACGGGCCUUGGCGAGUGGGCCGAGGCGUACGGCAAGGCCAAGGAUAUGGUGGGCAAGAUGACGCUCGAGGAGAAGCUGAGCCUCACCGCAGGAGUCAAGGCGACGAGCAGCUGCCCGGGCAGCAUCCCGCCCAUACCGCGCCUCAACUUCACCGGCAUGUGCCUGGCCGACGCCGGCCAGGGCCUCCGCGGUGUCGACUUUGUCAGCUCGUGGCCGAGCGGCGUCCACGUCGGCGCCAGCUGGAACCGCGCGCUGGCGCUCAGGCGCGCCCUGGGCAUGGGCGGCGAGUUCAAGAAGAAGGGCGCCAACGUCCUGCUCGGCCCUGUCGUCGGGCCCAUGGGGAGGACCGUCAGGGGCGGUCGGAACUGGGAGGGGUUCUCGAUCGACCCUUACCUGUCGGGCAUACUCGUGGACGCCACGGUCCGUGGGAUUCAGCAAGCUGGUGUUAUUGCAGCCACAAAGCACUUUGUGGGCAACGAGCAAGAGACUCACAGAGUUCCGAGCGGCGAUGUUGCGGCAGUCUCCUCCAACAUUGACGACAGGACAAUGCAUGAGUUAUACUUGUGGCCCUUCCAGGAUGCCGUCCAUGCUGGCACUGGCAGCGUCAUGUGCUCCUAUCAGAGGAUAAACAACUCUUACGGCUGCUCAAACAGCAAGACGAUGAACGGCCUGCUCAAGACAGAGCUGGGCUUUCAGGGUCAUGUGGUUUCCGACUGGAAUGCUCAGCACGCGGGUGUCGCAACGGCACUUGCGGGCUUGGACCUCACCAUGCCUGACGACGGCAAGUUCUGGGGCCCCAAGCUUAUAGAGGCGGUGCAAAACGGGUCUGUGCCCGAGGCUCGGGCUACAGACAUGGCGAUCCGAAUUCUGGCCCCCUGGUUCAAGAUGGGCCAGGACCAAAACUUCCCGCCCCCCGGCAUCGGCAUGCCGGCCGAUGUAUCCAAGCCACACGCCGUCGUGGACGGACGCAACUCCUCUGACAAGCCGACACUCCUUGACGGCGCUAUCGAGGGCCACGUGCUGGUCAAGAACGCGCGCAACGCGCUCCCGCUGCGGAAGCCGCGCAUGAUCUCCAUCUUUGGCUACUCGGCCAAGGCGCCCGACACAAACAACUACGCAGCGGGCAACAUGCCCUCCUGGAUCUGGGGCGGUCAGUCCAUGCAGCACGAGGAUCUGGUCAAGGGCUUUGGCAAUUCGUGGGAGGCUAGCUACGUGCCUGCGCCCGUGGCCAUCAAUGGCACCAUCUUCUCGGGUGGCGGGUCGGGCGCGACCUCGCAGUCGCUGGUGAGCGCGCCCUUUGACGCCAUCACGCAGCAGUGCCUGGCCGACGACACGGCCAUGUUCUGGGACUUUGUGUCGGCCCGGCCCACCGUCAACCCGGCCUCGGACGCGUGCCUCGUCAUCGUCAACGCGGCCGCAUCCGAGGGCUACGACCGCCCGGCCCUGCGUGAUGACCUGACGGACGGCAUGAUCAAGCACGUGGCAGACCAGUGCAACAACACCAUCGUCGUCUUCCACAACGCCGGGCCCCGCCUGGUCGACCAGUUUGUCGACCACAACAACGUCACGGCCCUCAUCUUCGCCCACCUCCCCGGCCAGUCGUCGGGCGUGGCGCUCGCGUCCAUCCUGCUCCCCUACACGGUGGCGCGCAACGAGUCCGACUACGCGGGCGUGCAGGACCCGGCCCUGGCGCGCGGCCGCUUCGCCAACUUCCCGCAGGCCGACUUCAACGAGGGCCUUUUUGUCGACUACCGCCACUUCGACGCCGCCGGCGUCGCCCCGCGCUACGAGUUCGGCUUCGGCCUCUCCUACACCACCUUUGCCUACGCCAACCUCGGGAUCGACAGGGACCCCGCCGCGAGCUGGGAGCCGGCCCCGCCCGAGGCCGGGCGCCCGGCGGCGCCCGGCGGGCCCGCGGCGCUCUGGGACGUGCUGGCGCGCGUGUCGGUCGACGUCUCCAACACGGGCGCCGUGGCCGGCGCCGAGGUCGCCCAGCUGUACCUCUCGCUCCCCGGGUCAGGUGGCGCCGACGGCAGUGCAAGUAGAGGCGGCGGGUCGGAGAGGACGCCCGUGCGCCAGCUGCGCGGGUUCGAGAAGCCCGUCGUACAGCCGGGCCAAACGGCCACGGUCGAGUUUGCCCUCACGCGCCGCGACCUCAGCGUCUGGGACGUGGUGGCACAGAGGUGGCUGCUGCGCGGCGGCGCCUACACGGUGCACGUGGGCGGCAGCAGCCGAAAUCUGCCCAUCAACGGGACCUUUACCGUCCCUUGA